AUGGAUCUGUCCACCGAAGCUACAGAGGAUACAACCAGCCUUCUGAUGAAGGCGAUGGAUGAUAGUGCAAAAGCACUCCCGCUUACAUCUAUAAUGCCGUGGCUGCGCUCUACCAAGCUCGCACUCAUGCUUCCGGGUCCUCUGGGGCAUCCUUUUCGGCAGCUGGUGUUCUGGGAAGCACAGUCCCGCAAGAUGGUUGAUCAUCUUAUAAGAGUGAUAGCGGGGGGAGGAGAAUCCACCGAAAAGAAUUUACUAGCACCUUUAUUGGACGGGGUUGAUUCAUUCCUGGGCCGCGGUUUAACGAAAGACGAGCUCGUUGAGGAGGCAAUGGGAAUCAUGUUUGCUGGUAGCGGAACAACAUCUACCACAUUGACCUACCUCUUGUAUGCCAUAUCGCGGCCAGAGAAUGCGGCAAUUCAGACCAGGCUUCGAGACGAGGUACUGAGUCUCCCGGUGGGUGACACACUCGCGCUUCGGAACAACCUUUAUAUCAACGCAGUGAUUAAGGAGACCUUUCGCCUAUACCCUACCAUCAUCUCUACACUACCGCGGAUCGUCACUGAGGAGUUCCCCAUUGAGCAUAUGACUCUACCUGUGGGCACGGUGAUUGGAAUGCAAAACUACGUCCAUCACCGUGAUCCUAGCGUUUUCCCGCAUCCCGACUUGUUUAGGCCGGAGCGGUGGCUAAAUAGCACGAAGGCGAUGGACCUUUCCCUGACGCCCUUCAGUGUGGGAAGACGUAACUGCAUUGGGCAGAAUCUUGCGUGGGAAGAGCUGUAUCUUGCCGUUGAUGCAGUGAUGCGAGGAGGGUUUACCCUCGUGGUAAGCAAAGAGAUGAAGAGUGAUGACAUGGAUAUGGAGGACCGGUUUAACAUUGCACCCAAAUCUCGCCGUUUGCUACUGAAGAUAAUACCACAUCCAUAG